AUGGUCGAUCGGAAGCAAGGAAACGCUCUGAACACCUCGCUCGCCAAAUACGGCGUGACGAGGGAGAACAAGUCGCACAUCGCGAACUUUCGUUACGCCGUUCAGAUAAGCGUUUACCUGCUGAAGCCGAUCGGCGCCUGGCCGCUGGCCAAUGACGAGAGGUCGAGGCUGAAGAUCGCCUUGCACCGGGCGACGAUGGCUACCGCCACGUUUCUCCUGCUCUUCUCCAUCCUGCCGUGGAUCGUGCGCAUCGUGAAGGACAAGUGGGACGUCUUCCUGAUCAUCCGUACGAUCUGCCCGCUGUUCUUCACGGUGACGAUUUUCACGAGAUACGUUCUGCUGCUGUGGCAUCAGGAUCGGCUCCGGGUCUGCGUCGAGCGCGUGGCCGACGACUGGCGGCGCGCGAUCCUCGCCGAGGAUCGCGACAUCAUGCUGGCGAACGCUCGAAUCGGCCGCACCUUCGGCGUCAUCUCCGUGGUCUUCAUGUUCAGCUGCGGCACGCUGUUCUAUACGAUACCAAUAGUCACGCCGAAUCUGAUUAAUGAGAACAACGUUACCGUAAGGCUGCAUCCGUCACCCUGCGAGCUUCUCGUGUUCGAUUCCCAGGCUAGUCCUGUUUACGAGAUCGUGUACUUCUUACAAGUUCUGUCCGGUUGCACUGCCUACAGUGCGUUCUGCGGCAUUUGCAGCUUGAUGGCCAAUUUCGUCACACACGUGUGCGGCCAGUGCGACGUGUUGACGUUGAUUCUCGAGGAGACCGUGGACGGUGGUAAACGCAAUGGCGGUUCCGUCGAGGAUCGAAUCGCCACCGUGAUAACCCGACAUUUGCGUCUGCUAAGACUGGUUUCUAACGUAAGCGGCUUGUUCACCGAGAUAUGUCUCGUGGAAUUCGUGAACGCCUCGUGUAACAUAUGUCUAAUCGGCUAUUACAUCAUAACCGACAUGAACAAUAACGGGUCGUACGUGCAGAUUUUUAUGUACCUCUUCGCGCUCGCGUCGAUCGUCUUCAACGUGUACAUGUUUUGCUACAUCGGGGAUCUGCUGAAGGAGCGCUGCCAACAGGUGGGAACCGCUUGCUACACGAUCGAGUGGUAUCGCAUGCCACCCAGGAAGGCGAUCGAGCUGCUGAUGCCGAUCGCCAUGUCCCGAUACCCCACGACGCUCACCGCCGGAAAGAUGAUAACGAUGACACUUAUCACGUUCUCCGACGUGAGUAACGCCAUUUCGCGAUCUAAGCGCGAGGCAUCAUAA